AUGUUAGAAAUCAGCCAGCUUCUCGUCCUCAGUUUCUUCGUUGCCUUGGGAUAUGGAGUCUAUCAUGGGUGUCAAGGCGAUCCCCGGGAGCCACCCGCCGUGUCGAGCGAAAUACCUGUUAUUGGGCAUCUGUUGGGGAUGCUGCGAUACGGGUUUGAAUACUUCGGAUUGCAAACGGCUGACCAAACUGAUAGCAAAAAGCACCCGAACUAUCCAAUAUUCUCGUUGAAUAUGCUCUUCAGCAAAGCGUACGUGAUCACGUCGCCGGCUCUGUUGCAGGCUGCGCAGCGGAAUAACAAGUUCUUGAGCUUCGACCCAUUCUUAAUGACCAGCACCGAGCGCAUUGCUGGCGUCCAUAGCAGGAAGGUAUUGAAAUUGCUCCGGGGGAAGCAGUCUGGUGGAGAUGGUAUUGCUGGUGAGAUCAUGCAUGCCAUGACUCCGACCCUCUUCGGCACAGCCUUAGACCGGAUGAACGAGAGGAUGGUUGAGUUGCUGCCGCCGUUUGUUGACGAGUUGGGAGAUGCACCUACCCUCGACUUGUACUCGUGGUGUCAACAUGCCAUCACUGUCGCCAGUACGGAUGCGACUUAUGGCCCGUUGAAUCCUUACAAGGAUAAGGUGGUUGAAGAUGCAUUCUGGGAUUUCGAAUCAAACCUCACACCGUUGUUGGUCAAUAUCUUGCCGUGGCUCACGGCACGAAAGGCCUGGGAGAGCCGCAAGACGAUGAUCUCUGCAAUCCUCAAGUAUUACCAGAACAACGGACCAGACACUGGGUCCGAGUUAGCAUCUGUGCGGUACAGGAGAACACGCGAUGCUGGCAUCGGUAUUGAAGACACCGCGCGGCUGGAGACACCAAUGGCAAUUGCGCUGCUAUCCAACACGGUCCCGGCGACUUUCUGGACCCUGUUCGAUCUGUACUCCCGGCCUCAAUUGCUCCAUGAUAUUCGCAAAGAGAUCGAGCUCAACGCCCUGCACGUUGCGACAGAUGGGACGCACAUUAUUCACCUGGCCGACCUCCGGGAUAAAUGCCCAUUGCUUGUCUCUGCCUUUCAGGAGAUCCUGCGCACAAGAACCACAUCUUCUCCGAUGCGCUGUGUUAUGAAGGACAUCCUCCUCGCAGACCAGUACCUUAUCAAAGCUGGAACUUUACUGAAUAUGCCAUCCGAGGCGAUGAGCCGAAACCAAGAUGUUUGGGGCUCAACGGCGGCUGAAUUUGACCCGCGACGGUAUAUGAAGCCCGUCGAAUCAGUGGAACAUCCAGAGGAUCGGAAGAAGGAUCCCCGGCGUGUGGGUGGCUUCAUGGCAUUUGGAGUGUCGCCCAUUAUUUGCCCCGGUCGCCACUUUGCUAGCAACGAGAUCCUCGGACUAGCGGCCAUGAUUGCUUUGCGGUAUGAUAUCUCGCCUGAAUCAGGAGUUUGGACACCGCCGCAGCGAAACUCAAUGGCAAUUGUGUCGAUCAUGGGUCCCUUGAAGGAGGGUUUCAAGGUAAAUGUGAAGCGCAGAAAAGAAUUCGAGGAAAAAAGGUGGGAGUUUCAACCCCAAGAGGGCAAAGGCCGUUUCCCCUUGAUGAUAGGCUAG